AUGAAAUUUGAUAAGCUGUAAUCCCAUAAUUCAUCUCCAAAAACAGUCGAAUUCACUUCAACAACUAAAUCAACAUUUAUACCUCCACCUCUUGGAUUAGAAAUUGUUACUAUGCCUAACAUUAAAAUUUUUGAUCUCUUUCUUAAUGGAACUAUUAGUGCAAAACAAAUCAUAAAAAUGGAUACUAAUGAUAUUGAUAAAUCUCCUAGAACUCCUCCUAGACGUUAAUAAACUAGACAUAAAUCAAUUAAAAAAAAUUAAUCUGACUAAAUCUUUAAUCUAGUAGAAAGAUUUUAAAGAAAAUAAUCUAUUUUAAUACCAUAAAAUCCAUAACAUUCUAAUCCACCAAAAUUAUCAAGGAAAGAAACAUUAAUGUAAUUAACAUCCAGUACAAAAGAACUCCUAUAACCAAUAUCAUAAUCUAGAUUCAGAAUACCUGUUAGAAAAUUUACUUAAAGAAGUAUAUCUGGUUGUAAAGAAGAAUAAUUAAUAAAGAGAUGUGAAAUACUUAGUGGUGAACCUUUGAAAGAAGAAGAAAAAGAAUUAUUAUUAAAAAAGGAGAUAACAGAUGAAGAUGCAUGGAGAAUGAUGAAUAUAUUUCAAAAGAAAAAAUGGUUUUUUGAUUAUGUUCACAGAAAUUUAGAUUAAUAAAAAUAACAUUCAAGUUAACAAGAAAUUAAAUAAUAAGUAUAACCUAUUUCACUAUUUUAAAAAUUAAGAAACACUGUACUUAAACAAACAGAAGUUAAAAGAAAACCUGAAAAAUAAUGUUAAGAAUAUUACAAUCACAUUUAAAAGUAUAUUUAUUAGUAAUAUAGUAUUGAAGAUUAGAUUAAAUACCAUGUAUUCAAUAGAAAUAUGCCUGAAAAAAUCAGAAAUCAGAAAAAGCCAAAUGUUAAAAUUUACAGAUCUGAAUAAGAAGUUUCAAAAUUAAAUAUCAGAAAUAAGUUUAUAGAGGCAGCAGACAAGUUUAGCAUAAAUUAAUCCAAUCCAUAAAUAUUAAAAGACUUUUUUGAAAAUGGUAGCUAAACUUGUAGAUCUUAGAAUAAAAUCUAAAAGACUAAAAUAAUCAAUAGAAAAGUUUAAAGACCAUAAUUAUCUAGAGAAAAUGAUAUUUCUCAUGAAAGUUAAGGAGAUUCAUAUAAGAGUAUAACUGAAUACAGACUCAAUGAGUUGUAUCAUGAAAGUAAAUAAAGAUAAAAAUAAUAUAAAUAAAAAUAUGAUAAUCCUUUCAUUGACAAUGGGGAUUAAUUAUAAAGGAAAGUCAAAAAUUUAGUAAAAUUGGGAAAUAUAUAGAAUACCAUUUUAAAUGUAGUUUAGUUUAAACUAUAAUAAUGA